AUGCAUGCAAGUGCUGAAGCUGCUCUUCCUCACAUAUUGGAACCCCAAUCACCGCCACACCGCCCCUUCCCGCCGCAACAAACUGCAGCCGAUACGCGCCAGCCGCAGCAGACAGCUCCAACGACGGUCGGCGCAGCAGGGCGAGAGCAGAGCAAACAAGCGCGCUGUAGCAGUCUCAACGACAGGCCUGACGGCAGCGGAAACAGAAUCCUCGGUCUGCCUCGUCGCCAUGCACCCGAUCUCUGUGAGGACAGCCGUGGCCGCCUCUGCCAUUCGGCUUUGCAACGUGAGAGCAGCAGCAGCGGGACCAGCAGGCUGCGAACUCUCUUAGGCUCCCUGGCGGGAGCGGCUGCUGGCCUUUUCGUAGGAUGGCAGGCGCAUGCUGUUGCUGCAACCGCAGGGGAAGGAUUCAGCGGCUCAGCUGCAGCCGUCCGGCUGUGUCCUGCAGCAAAGUAUAGCCCCUCCGACUGCAGCAGCAGAGAAACCCCUACGGGGGGAGUGCAAAUUUACAAGCCUGCACAAAUCCAAGCCUGGCAAGACUUCCUCCGAACCCAAGACGGAUUCGUAUCGCUCCAAAUUCUGGCACAGCCGCCAGCAGACUACGACUCGGCCGCUGUGGCUGCCGAACCCGAGGGAGAACACAGCGGUGCAAUCCUCCUAAUUGAACGGUGGCGCAGCCAUGAGGCUCGUGAUGCUGCUGAGGCCGCAGCCCGCACACGCAUUGCACAGGAGGGACAAGAGCCGCAACAACUCCUACUGUCUGAGGCGCUCGCCUGGCCUUCACGUGCGUAUACACUGGAUUCGCAGGCAGCCGCCCCUCUGUGGCUCGCUCUCCGCUAG